GUCAGAGGCAUUCGCCGCCCGCUCCGAUAUUUUGUCCGGCAUUCGCCUCGCCUUAGCCGAGACUCGGAGCGACCGUCUCUCAGCCGCUCUCGCGAUACAGCGUACUCGCGGACAGCGGAUCCGCCAAGAGGAGCACGUUGCGUGCGUAGAGCGUGCGUAGAGCGUGCGUAGAGCGUGCGUAGAGCGUACGUUGCGUUCGCAACACGCUCCUUAUGAUCCGCGCGAGAUAUUAAUCAUUGUUACAGAGUUUUCUCUCUCUCUUUCUCUCUCUCUCUGUCUCUCACUCUUUUUUUCUGUUUCUCUCUUUCUCUCUCUCUCUCUCUCUCUCUCUCUCUCUCUCUCUCUCUGUCUCUCUCUCUCCGUAUUAUGCCCGUAUAAAAAUUCAGAGUCUGCAAGCACGAAAUUGACCCAGCACCUAAUCAUACACCGCUCUUGGCACUCAGAUAUGAUACUGACGUCGAGCAUUCGCCACCGAGAUACUGGAGUGUGACGGGUACGUUCACUUGGAAGCUCUCAAAAUAUUUCCUACAGAUCAGUUUGUUGUAGUGGAAAGGGUUGGUGCAGAAAAUGCGCUGACGAGUACAGAGCGGUCUGCCAGUAGUGCGUCUAGCCAGGCUAACCCAUCCAUUACAACUCUCACGAAUAUGUGUACCGCUCCCAGCAAUGCAAGCGCAGGAUUUGGUGGAUACGCUUGGUCCUUCAGCGGCCCAGGAACGGAGAGCCGCGAGAAUGCUCAGAACGACCUUACGACUAAUAUCAAUUAUGCUGUCAACAAUAAUCAAGACCAAGGAUCCAGUCAGAAGAUACAGGUUGAUAUCAAGCCAGCCAAGGUCGCCGCAACCACUCAUCGUCGUCCAAUGUUCGCAAUGAAUGACAGCUGUCAGCAGACACCGACUACACAUCAUGGCCAUACCGCUGGAGCACACAAUCAAACCCAUGGCACUCAUGUUCGUACUAAGAAGCAUCACGACGUUUUCUCGUUGCCGUGCGACAAAGGAGGCUGCAAUUGCGACUCGCCACAUCCCACGCCGGCACCCACUUUGUUUCCAAACACCCUGGUCUUUACGACCGACAAGCACGCCAUGAGCAAGCACUUCAUGACACCCCUCGGGCCGUUGCAGCUCACAGCGGAAGAGUGCAAUGAAAUCUUGAUGAAGAGAGCCGCCGCGGCGUCCAAUCAGGCUACUUCGGCGAACAAUGUCACUACGAACCAGACGGACAGCACCGCUCACUUUGGUCAUGUUCUCACUCAUGUGAAUACAACGCAGAUCGAGACCAAGGUGAAACAGCAGCAGGACAUGGGUAGCCAGGUCCGCGUGCCGAAGGAACGGCCGUACUCCUGUACGGAGUGUGGCAAGUCCUUCCUAUUGAAGCAUCAUCUCACGACGCACGCGAGAGUACACACCGGCGAGCGACCUCACAUUUGCGUACAUUGUGGCAAGAGUUUCGCGCACAAACAUUGUCUUCAUACGCAUUUGCUGCUGCACAGCGCCGAGAGGCCGUACCAAUGUCGCGAAUGUAAAAAGUCCUUUACGCUCAAGCAUCAUCUCGUCACGCACACUCGCGUGCACACGCGGGAACGACCGUUUGUCUGUCAGGAGUGUGGUAGAGCGUUUCCUCUCAAGCGUCACUUGGUGACGCACAGUAAGUUCCACUCGGGGGAGAGACCUUACGUUUGCGAGGAAUGUGGCGAGUCUUUCUCCCAAAAGGAUCACCUCACCAUGCAUUCGCGCUUCCACGGCAGCCUACAUCCGUUCGUUUGCCAUGAUUGCGGUGCUACCUUCCAGAGAAAGUUUGAGUUGGUCAAUCACGGCCGUCUACAUGGCAGAAACCCGCAUUCGUGUACUGUUUGUGGAAAGGAAUUUCUGCAAAAGCGAACACUCUUAGCUCAUAUGCGCUUACAUACUGGCGAAACGCCUUUCGCCUGCACCGUUUGUGGAGAAGCAUUCCCUCGGAAAGCAGAUCUGGUCACUCACUCCAAGAUUCACAACAACAAUGCGAAUGCCGAUGAGAAGUCUCUUACAUGCAGAGAAUGCGGACUCGAGUUUUCGAAUCGAGAAGCCCUGACUUUGCACCUGAGGCUACAUUCUGGUGAUCGCACACUCGUGACAGAUCUGUGCGGUCUGGCAGCCGCUUUCCAACAAACCCCAGGACAUUUCCUCACUCCGAAUACUCCAACAACUCAUCAGUAUUUACAGAUGAAUGGUCCGAUCGGGACGCCCGGCGUUAGUCAUAUGCAUGGAGCGACGCAAACGUCACCACCGGUGGGUACAGGGCCGAAACCCAAACCGCACAUCUGUCCGGACUGCGGUCGCGGUUUUGCACAAAAGCAUGGCUUGUCGCAGCAUCAACGACGUCAUACGGACGGCAGCUGCCAUAUAAGGUCUCAUGUAUGUGACAAAUGUGGCAAAGCUUUCUUCCAGAAGAAUCAUUUAUUGCUGCACCAGCGCCAGCAUAUGGACCCGCCACCCAGUAUACUCAGGCAACAGCAGAGACAGGCUGCUCAAGCCGCUGCCCAACAGGCACAACAGCAACAGGCGCAGCAGCAACAAGCACAGCAGCAACAGGCGCAGCAACAGCAAGCGCAGCAGCAGCAAGCGCAGCAACAGCAACAAGUCCAGCAGCAGCAGCAAGUGCAGCAACAAGUGCAACAGCAGCCGCAGCAACAGCAACCGCAACAGCAAUCAUGUACCGUCGAUACGAAAACGAUGCAGCUGCAGGCGAUACAACAGCAGGUACAACAAGUGCAGCAGCAACAGCAGCAACAACAGCAGCAGCAACAACAACAGCAACAACAAACGCAACAACAACAAGCAUGUCCCGUAGACUCUAAAGCAAUACAGCUGAAUGUCACCAUGUGAGACGGCAUAAAGACAGGGGACUGGAGAGUCCCUGCAACAAUAGCACUCCCAAAUGCGCACCCUGCUGCCACCCUCUGCACGCACUUCUCAUGUACUAACAAUACACAUUAGAUAUAUUUAUUAUCUCUAGAUUUGAGUACUAAAUAAUCAAUUUUAUUACAAGAGUAUAUAUAUAUAUAUAUAUAUAAAGUAUACAUAUACUAUAUUCUAAUUAUGUAAGGCUUGUAACAAUAAAGGUAAUCAUAUAUUAGUGUUUUACAUAUACUUUAUAAAUAUACAAAUAUAUAAAUAUAUGAAAAAAAAAUAUAUAUAUAUAUAAAUAUAUAUAUACAUUAUAUAUGUAUAUAUAUAAUACAUAUAUAUAUAUAUAUUUACUUUAGAUAUGUAAAAUGAGACUAAACAAAUUAGUUGCCUUAACAAGAAGAAUUUUAAUGAACAUAUUAACUAUUGUUUUUCUUUCUUUCAUAAUCUUCUCGUUUAUUUUUAUUCGGUAGAACAUCACUUUAUAAGAAAACACAUAUUGAAUAAAUCGAGAUAAAGAAGGAAAAGAAAAAAGACCGCCGUGUAUCGCUGCUUUGUCGUAAUCCUUCUCAAUGUAUUUCAACGCAAGGGUGAUUGAUAAGAACGUAUCGGUGUGUGUGUGUGUGUGAGAACGAUACCGGAAAGGAGAUUCUGCAGAGAGGAUUCGGUGAAGAGGGAGAGGGUGGCAGACAUUGCGCAUUUAUAAAGCAUUUUAAAAGCUUAGAUCUGUUAAAUACAACAUUUUAGCACCACACGUGAUUUAUCUUUGCGUUAAAUGAUACGAGCCAAUCGUUUGUUUAUCAAAUUUUAGAAAUACGUAACAGAGAGAGAGAGAGAGAGAGAGAGAGAGAGAGAGAGACAGAAAAAUCCGGUUUUAUGAAAUCUAAAUAUUAUCAAAUGGAUGUAAAUGUUUUCCGUGGAGAACUAAGGCGAUUUGUAUUGACGAACAUGCACGAACAUGUGUGAAGGGAAUGUUUACGAAAAGAUGUCGCAAAAAUUACAAAACACUCCAUACAACAUAUUCAUCUUUUUAUACGCGCUUAUUUUUUCUUCUCGCAACGUUAGAAUUGUAAAAGCUUGACUCGCACUUAAUCAUCCGUUUGGUCGAAACAUUUUCUUCAUGAUAACAAAGCGUGCGCGUCGCGUUCGUGCAGUUGCGUAAAAUUGCUUAGCGGGCUCUUCUAGUAAAAUAUAAGUUUAAUUUUUGUCAGCAGAAAUGUAUUAGCUAAUAGAAUAGCAGAAAAGCCAGAUGAAAUACGAAUAAAGGUUUCCUACAUAGUUUUAA